ACUGACUGGCAUCACUGCUGGGCAGUGACUGGCGGCACUGACUGGCACAACAGCUGGGCACUGACUGGCAGCACUGCUGGGCUGCACUGGUGGGUGGCACUGGUGGACAGCACUGGUGGGUGGGCACAGGUGGGUGGCACUGGUGGGCACAGGUGGGUGGGCACAAGUGGGUGGCACUGCUGGGCACAGGUAGGUGGCACUUCUGGGCACAGGUGUGUGACAUUGCAGAGUGGCACAGGUGGGUGCACUGCUGGGCACAGGUGGGUGAUCUGCUCGGCACAGGUGGGCGGAGCUAGUGGGCGCACUGCUGGGCACAGGUGGGCGGAACUUGCGGGUGGCACUGCUGGGCACCGAUCAUCAGGGCACUGAUCAUCACGUGUCAUUGGACACCGCUGAUCACGUGGUAAAAGGCCGCUGUGAUUGGC